CUAGCUCUAGAUCGAGUUUUUCCAUAAUUUCUGCUUCGCUGCGCUACGUACCUGUAAUUUCACUUCACUCUCCUGUGCCAUUGAGACGCAAUCCGAGGAAAACACGUAGACAAUGUCGACAUCUCGCGUCUUUACUUCUUCUCUGCGCACCGUCGCUAGACGAGCUGCUGUAUCUACGCCGGCUCGGCGGCAGUCCGCACUGCGCUCGGCUGCGAGGAGAGGAUACUCGUCUAGUGGUCAUGCCGGAAGCGCGGGCGCGGAAAAGUCGAGUGAUCUGCCUUGGCUCAUCGGCUCCGUCGUCUUCACCAUCCCAGCCUUAGCAUGGCUUCUCUCCUCCAGACCCUCCAAAAAGACCUCCGAGCACACUCACGGCAGCGCCCCAGCCCCCCACAAGGAAAAAGCACCUGACGUAGAAUCCGGCGAGGACUCCUCUUCUUCCUCCACAUCCUCCACUCCCGCCUCCACGCCGCCCUCAUCCGACGCCGGAUCCGAAUCUGAAUCCGACAGCGACGAAAACCCUCCCACAAACCAACUCCCCGAAGACGGCAACCCCGAAGCCGCACACGGCAGCAGCCAGACCGGCCGCCAAGUCCCGCCUACCAGCGCGGAUAACAGCGACAUGGCGACGAACUACGAGGAGAAGAAGGGCGCGCAGGAGGACUACAAAGAGAUGAUCCGGCAAAAGGACACGCGCGCCGCGACGAGCUCGUCCGACGUCCCUUCCAAGAAGGCCGAUGCCGAGCACCCCCGCGAAGACCCGCAGAAGGGCGAGGGGGAGGGCGUGCAGAAGGGUGGGCCGGCUUAAGAUUCUCCCAUGUAAUAAAACGAUUCUGGGGUACAUGUCCCUUAGUGGAGGCUUCUAUGGGGGGGUCUAUAUUUUGUAGUUUAUAGAGAACAGGGAAGGGAUGGGGAAUGGCGGUAUGUAUUCACGAAGGGUGGGUCCUGUUCUAGCAUACAAGUGUAGAUAGGGGAGAGCAUUCUUCCCCGUGUAAUUCUAUAUAACACUGCCCAUGGG